CUUUCAUACUAUUUUUCUCAUCCUUCACUACAAUAUAUCACAUUUCAAUUAAUCUUGAGUUGAGUACAAUGGAUUCCAAAAUAGCAUUCCUCAUCUUUGGCCUUUUGGCCAUGGUUCUUAUUUCCUCACAGGUCUCUGCUAAUACCAAAGAAGAGGUUGUUGAAAACUCAAAUGAACUAAAUGAUGCCAAAUAUGGUUAUGGAGGCUACGGUCGUGGUGGUUACAAUGGUGGAGGAGGUUACAAUGGCGGUGGUUACAAUAACGGAGGUGGUUACCGUAAUGGUGGAGGAGGAUACAAUGGUGGAGGUGGCUACCGCAAUGGUGGAGGAGGAUACAAUGGUGGAGGUGGUUACCGUAACGGUGGUGGUUACAAUGGUGGUGGCGGUUACCGUAAUGGUGGUGGUUACAAUGGCGGUGGUGGUUACCGUAACGGUGGAGGUGGUUACAAUGGAGGAGGUGGAUACAAUGGUGGAGAUUCUGAUAAUCGUAACUGAUUAUAUCGUCAUGCACGCACGUAUUAAGUAUAAUAAAUUUCAUGAAUAAAUAGUGUUGUGAGUUAAUUAAACACAAGAGGUAUAGAUAGAAAGACCUGAAUCUUUCAUGGUUAUAUAUGUAUUAUCUAUCUUGAAACUCUAAAGUAUAGUUAUUUCACAACUCUAUUAAUCACUAUCUAUAUGUGAAAAUGAGUUUGAUAUUGAACUAAAGUGGUGAAUGUAUUAUCAUGUCUAAUAUAUCAAAUAUCAUCUUUGUUAGUA